AUGCUACCACGAAAGCGGGUCCAGUUUACUCCUCAAGAUGUUGACGCUCAGUUGCAAUCGAUACACCUGUUGGACAGCUCAUCCGUCACCGAAAACCUUGAAGCCCUGGCGCCAAUCGUGAAAACCGUCUAUGAAUCGAGGCAACAAGAGGCAUUUCUCAGGACGUUGAAGGAACUUACAGACUCUAAAGACAAGGAGAUUAUGAAGAUUUGUGGGGAAAACCAUCAGGACUUCGUAUCGUCUGUCUCUACGUUGCUCACCGUUCGGUCCUACACUGUCAACCUCAGGGAACGAAUCAAAUCGUUGGAUCAAUCUGUCACUUCCAUCGGUCGAAAUCUUGCCGCCCAAAAGCGAGAGCUGCUUCAAGCUAAACGAACCGCAUCGAACCUUGAUGAAGCUAUCGAUACGUUACAAGGAUGUCUUCGAAUUUUGGAUUUGGUGAAGCGCGUUCGGGAUAUGAUCAAGGAGGGACGGUAUUUUAGUGCAUUACGUUCUCUGGGAGAGAUUGAGACUCUUCCACCAACUGCACUCUCCAAUACGCCUUUGUACACCCAUUUACUCUCCUCUUUGCCCUCCCUCAGAGCACAGGUCAAAGAUGCUGUCACUGCAGCUAACAUCCAAUGGUUAACGGAUGUAAGAGAUAAAAGUGAGGAUAUAGGGAAACUCGCACUUGAGGCCAUGCGCGUCAGGGCUCGGAGGUGGCGGAGUCGAAAGGAGAAGGAGCCGAUGUUUAAAUCGACUCGAGUAGGGAGUGCUGUUGAGCUUGUGACUCAUGACAAAAUCGAGAAUAAUUUGUUUAAUAAUGACCAGGUUACCAUCAACUUCGAGCCCCUCUACCAAGCUAUCCUCAUUUACACAGCCCUUUCGAUCCUACCUGAACUUCAAACAUCGUACCAAACCGACCGUAUGGCCCAAUCAUCCCUCAUCAUGUCAACAUUGACCACUCCACAUUUACUGCCGACGACAUUGCCUUCCGUCGCGAAUGAAUUAAUUGGAUUUUUCUUGGUGGAGAUUGAAGUCUUGAGAACAACGAUUGGGUUUAGGAGCAUGAGGGAAGUGGAGGAUUUAUGGGACGAUGUCGUCAAGAGAUUAGUUGAUUUGGUGGGAGGGUCCGUCAGGAGCCAGAGGGAUAUGGGGUUUAUUGCUGAUGUGAAGGACACACUUACUACGUUCGUUCAAACUAUCGAGACAUAUGACUUUGAUAUCGCGCCACUACAAGAAUUGCUUUUAUCAAUGUUCGAAACGCACUCCGCUCUUCUGGAGAAGCAGUUCGCAGAUAUGUUUGAAAAAGCAGUUUCCGAAGACGAUUACCAGCCUAUAUUUGUCACAGCUGCGACCGAACGAGGAACUAUCUUCUCGAUUUGUUGGAUGGCGGCAGACACCGCGAAAGCCCUCGCCCAGCAAGGCGUCCCCGUCACUCUCCCGUUCUCGCAAGUAUUCUACAAGUGUUGCACCCAUAUUCGGCAGUUCGUUGAGGAAUAUUACCGGUUCACUGAAGGAGCAACUUAUUACUACAGAAGUACGGAUGAUUCGCUUCGUGAAUCUCUUGAUCGUCUCCUUGCAACUCACGUCAGCGAGAAAAUCUCCGCUCGUCUGUCAUCCGCUUCAACAUUACCACAAGCUGCGCAAAACAUCGUUAAUGUAGAGCACUUUGUCGUUGCUUGUGCUGAGCUGGAGGAACAACUUACACAGUUACGAACUUCACGGCGAGGAGGACAUAUUUACCUGCAACUAUCAUCAUCCAGUUUCGCUUCUACCCUUAUCAAAGCAGGGAAUCGACUUUCGGAUCUCAUUAAAUCAAAACUUGGCGAUGUUUUCGAUUUAUCAGAUUACGAUUGGACGCCACCAGAUGUAGAUCCUCGUCCAAGGAUGCAAAUGGAAGAGUUAUAUCAUUGGCUCAUGACAGUGAUUGACUCUUUGCCCCUUGAAAAUAAAUAUAAGGAUCAAGCAUUCAAGGCCGCCCUUGACUAUGUUGCGUCAGGCUUCGCCGAUUUCGUCUUUGGACCUAAUGUUCCAAUGGUCAAUGACAAUGCUUUAGCGAAUCUCAUGGUGGACAUUGACUUUCUGGAUACCGAGUUCAAGAAUCUUGGGAGGUCAUUCACCUCGUUCCAAGAGUUGCGCAUGGCUUGCAACAUCGCCAUGAACAAUCAAGUUUCAACGUAUCUACAACCAGCAACCCGAAGAUCACAAUAUUCGGUCAUAAAUCCAAAGAAUCUGAAGAGCUUACUUGAAAAGCUAUCCAGGUAUGGCCUAGAAGGUCGAAAUGCUGCCGAACGAGAAUCAGGCGCGAGACGCCGAAAGGAGGCAGACGCUGUUGCCCGUUUAAUCUGA